UGUGCGACCGCGGUACACUGCGCAUGCGCCGCCCUGAUCAUUGACGUCACUGGUCUGUCAGCAGUCCGGCGGCGGGAACUGGAAGCUGCUGGGAGACGGCUAAGGUGAAGUGAGGACUCUGCAGGAGCUCAGAGACAGAGGACGUGAUCCAUAGGACCAAGUUAUGGACUCCUCUCCAGAGCGUGUGAUUGCCCUGGUGGAUAUGGAUUGCUUCUAUGUGCAAGUGGAGCAGAGGCUGAAACCAGAACUGAAGAACAAGCCAGUGGUUGUGGCGCAAUACAAAACAUGGAAAGGAGGCGGGAUUAUUGCUGUUAGCUAUGAGGCCCGAGCCUUUGGGGUGACUCGGAACAUGUUUGCCAAUGAUGCCAAGAAGCUUUGUUCCGACCUUCAGAUUGCCAGAGUCAACGAGGCGCAUGGGAAGGCCGACCUUUCAAAGUAUCGGGCGGCCAGUGUGGAAGUGAUGGAAGUCAUGUCUCGAUUUGCAGUGGUGGAGAGAGCAAGCAUUGAUGAGGCCUAUAUCGACCUGACUGACUCUGUGCAGAAACGACUACAGGAGAUGGCGGACCUACCUAUAUCAGAGACCUUGCUGAAGACCACCUUUGUGCAGGGCUAUCCCCAUUUUGACCCAACAACUGAACAGAGCAGCGAGGGCUUAUCAAAAGAGGAGCUGCGCCAGCUGGGGAUGAAGCAAUGGCUGACGUCCCUUCCUACAGAGAACCCCCGGAGUCCCGAGCUGCAGCUGACUGUGGCAGGCAUCAUUGUGGAGGAGAUGAGAGCAGCAGUAGAGGAGGAGACCUCAUUCCAGUGCUCUGCCGGGAUCUCCUACAACAAGGUACUGGCUAAGCUGGCAUGUGGGUUAAAUAAACCAAACCGUCAAACCAUCUUGUCCCAGGGCUCAGUGGCCGAGUUGUUCAACCAGCUGCCCAUCGGCAAGAUUCGUCACCUUGGAGGCAAACUUGGAUCAUCAAUCAAAGAGAUCCUAGGUGUGGAAUACAUGGGUCAGCUGACCCAGUUUGACGAAUCGUAUCUCCAAAGCCACUUUGGGGACAAAACAGGCUCCUGGCUCUAUUUGCUGUGCCGUGGUAUUGAGGAUGAACCUGUGAAGCCCAGGCAGUUACCCAAAUCCAUCGGCUGCAGUAAAAAUUUCCCCGGGAAGACAUCGCUGUGCACUCGGGAUAAGGUGCAGUACUGGCUCUCACAGCUGGCUUUGGAGCUGGAAGAGAGAUUACAGAAGGACAGGGAUACAAACCACAGAGUGGCCAAACUGCUAACGGUGGGCUUACAUCGGCAGGGAGACCCCAAGUAUAGUAGCUUGUCCCGAUCCUGCGCCCUCGCUCACUACGAUGCGCAGAAGAUCAGCAGCGAUGCCUUUGUGAUCCUGAAAAGCUUCAACACUGCAGGGUCCCACCAGGCUGCAUGGUCUCCUGCUAUCGGCAUGCUUCAGCUUUCUGCCAGCAAAUUCUCCCCGACCGCGUCCUCUGGAACUGGUAUUGCAAGCUUCCUGACCAAGGAAGUAGACGGAACCCAAAGAUAUCAGAGCUCCCUCACACAAGUGUCACCGAGCAGCCCUAGAACCCCACAGAAAUUGAAGCAAGAUAUGGAGAUCAGAACUCCCAACAGCAUCCAACUCCUGUUCCAGAGAGCGGCAGAGAAGACGAGAGAUAAAAGAGAAGAGCAAACCCCAGUUUCUAGCAUUUGCGUGUCUGCCGAGCAAUCUCCCGAGAAACAGGAAGGUGUGAGCGGAACAGAGUCGGACUGUAGGCCGUUCUCCCUGUCCCAUGCCCGGCGGUUGGUGGACCCUCAGGAGUCUGAACUUCCAGCCACUCUCCAAGACAGAGAUGACUCUCCAGAGGAACCCUGUGGUUUUCUGGCCUGUUCAUCUACCAGCUCCAACCCAUGUCAAACAGAGGACAAAAGCAAACAGUGCAGUGAAGACUUGGUAAACUGUGAGAAGUGCCACCAGAUGAUCCUGGUGUGGGACCUCCCGGAGCACAUGGAUUAUCACUUUGCCCAGGAAUUGCAGGACUCUUUUUCUACUCCCAGUCCUAGAACAGCUACACCUGCCACAACGCCCACAGUCAGACCAAAGAACAAAGCUAAAAACCAGGCAACACCAAGUGCGAAACGUUCCCGGAGUGAGGGUAGCAGAACCCUGGAUUCAUUCUUUAAAAGAGCCCCUCCGUGAUAACCAUGGAUGUCUCUUGUCUCAGGAAAAACGUGUAUUACUCAUACAUUCUCUUUGGAAUUAUGUGAAGAAUUGUGCUCCUGCAAAACACUGGCUGCAAGUCCCGGAAUGUUCAUCCCAGUGGUAAAUUGCCAGCCAGGCACUGUACUGCAAUGUCUGGGGUCAGUCAGUGGAUCCCUGGUCUGCGAAUCACAUUUCAGUGUUAAAAUUAGCAUCCCUUCUACGGGAAGCAGUUAGAUUCCCGGCUUCCGGGACCCCAGUGGUCAGGAUACCGACGCCAGAAUCCCAACAGCCAUUGGAAACCCUGCUGUCGGAAUCCCAAUCGGGUCCCGGAAUCCCCAUUCAGGGGGUCGUCCAUGCCACCCCCGAGGGGGAAUAAAUUAGUGUGGCGAGCGAAUCUCGCCACCCUGCCCGAAACGUGGCGAGCCUGCGAGAGGAUGUGCUGUGCUCGCCAUCUGGAUCCCACCUGACGGGAUUCCGGUGUCUUAUGACCGCCAGGAUCUCAACCGUCUGGAUCCCAUACUGAAUCCUCUCUACAUUGGCACUGAAUGCUUAGACAGUUUCUGUGCUGGUCCUCCCCUCCCAUUGUAGCUAUCACAUGAUAACAUUUUAAUGUGUAUUACUAACGGGUGUAUGCCCAUUAUAUAUGUAAUAAAAAAAAAUUUUUAAAUAAAAGUUUGUUUAAAGA